GACACGGCGCGGGGCGAGCCGCUCCCCGCGGGGAUGCGGCUUGUGGUCCCCUUCCCCUGUCCUUUCCCCAUUCCUCCCCAUGCUGGCUUCUGCGAUGACAGCAGCAGCGGGUCUUGCCCGCCUGCCUCCUCCCAGGGAAGAAGCAUGACCAAGAUGAACUGCAUCCUGCUGAGUGCCUGCAUUGUUCUGAUUACUUUUUGUGGCUCUGGUUAUACCUUAAGAUGUUACCACUGUGACAACAGCCCUACCCUGUGCAGGACCAACAGCACCUGCUUAACGACAGAAGACACUUGCUUGCAGUUAAAAUUUGGUAAAUUGAGAACUUUCUCCUGCUGGAAGGCAUCCCAGUGCAGUGUGAAUGAAAUUGCCGAUUCCUUCCUGUUGGAUAAUUUUGAAUUCUUUUGCUGCCAACAUGACCUGUGCAAUGAGAGUGCAAUUACUGGGGUUAACAAAGCAGCCUUCAGUAUUGCUUCUCUAAUGGCCAUGUUAUGGAUGCUCCUGUAAUAAUCCUGAUUUGUAAGCUGUCCUUUCAAGAUGAAGUUACACAAAACCAUUAACUCUUUUCUAUAUAGCGUAUUUUCAGCUCCUGUCCAUAGGCAGAAAAAUUCCUGUGUAAUUUUGUUUCCCAAGGUUCUGUUUGUUAAAUCACUGCCUCCAUUCAUGGGAAGGAGAUGUGUGUUGUUACCAGUUAUUGGGUGUUUUGAUCUGUCCCCCUGCUCAUGGGGAAGGUCAACUCUUGUGAAGUCAUCUUAUCACAGUUAUCACAGUCAUCUAAUCACAGUUAUCUUGUGGAGAACCUGGGCAAACUCCAGUGGGUGAUGUGAAAGAGAAGAACACUACAGCUUUUCUGCUGGAAACUAAUUUUUUUCCUGUCCCAUAAACUGUCAUUAUUUUUGGUUGGCACUUCUGUGGGUUUUGAUUUGUUUUGCUUUGGAUCCUCCUUGUCACAAACCAAGCAGUGGAUUUGCCCUCAACACUGGAAGUGUUGGAUCAUAAGUGUACCUUGCUGCAGUCUUUGUGAUAAAUAUGGAAAUAUUCAGUUUCAAGUCAUGUAAACAUUUUGUUCCCAUCACCGUACCUUUUUUUUUUCUACAAGCCAAUGAUAUAACCUUGUCAAGUGCUGUUAUUUUGGGAGAAAGCAUCUACAUUUCUUAAACCAAAACCAAAAUAUUGCUAUAAGUGAGAAACACUUAUCUUUUUUUUUUUUUUAAAUAUAUAUAUUUCUGUGAGCAUGUAGACAAUAUGUGGUAGCUUCUUUUUGGAUUUUUCUCAUAUAUUAUCCAUGCUUAGGAUUUUAAGUGAGCAUGUGCUUUGCACUGAGUAUUUAUUGGUAUACUGAAUAUCAAUUAUAAAAUGCUAAGGAGAUGAAAUGGCACAUGUAGGUUACUUCCCCACUUAGUUGGCUUUUGGGUUUUGUUUGAAAACAGCGACAUGUAAACUUAACCCUUCAAGCUUCCACCUAAGAGUAUUAAAAUCUUGCAGAACUUUCUUUCCAUAAAUGCCAAUGCACAGUAUAGGUGUGUAUUUAUAUAGCAUGAGUAGUACCUGCUCCAUCUGUAGGUGUGAGAGGUCAAAUUCUGAAAUACUUACACUGCUCUGCUCCAUGGUGGAGACAGACCUUGGGACAUCUCUGGCACCUGGGUACCCUCUCAGUCAGGUGAGAUGCCAGAUCUUCCUUUUUCUUCUGGAGCUGCUGGCAUAUCCUUGCCAGAGUUGUGUCCAUUGCCAAUGGGAUAUCCUCUUCCUGAGGACCCUUACUUGUGCUCGUGACACCAGUGAUACCAGUCCACCAGUCACAACUGGGUGUUGUUCCAAAUCCCUGAUGUAAUCCACAAUAUACCUUUUGGUUGAGCUUAUUGUAGCUAUGAAAGUGUCAUGGGAUCUCUCCCAUCACUCUAAAUACAGAAGUCGUCCUGUCUUUGAUAAAUAAAAAUGUCAAAAAAGAAGAA